AUGGAGCUUGGCAAGGAGGUAAAUGGAGACGAGGUUAAAAGAGUUGUGUUUAGUUUAAAAUCCUCUAAAGCCCCAGGGCCUGAUGGUUUCGGGGCUGGCUUUUACAAGCACUCGUGGGAGGUCAUUGGUGAGGAGCUAACACAUGCUGUCCAAUGGUUCUUUGUGAACUCCUUCAUGCCCCGUUCUAUUAACGCAACCUUUAUUACUUUGGUUCUGAAGUUAGGGGAUGUCUCCACUUUUGCGGGGUUUCGGCCAAUUGCUCUACGUAAUCUCCUAUACAAGAUUAUUACUAAAAUCCUUUCCAAUAGGAUCCAGCAUGUUAUUGGGAGUGUGGUCAGCCAUAAUCAGUCAGCUUUCAUCAAGGGCAGGUCUAUUGUUGACAAUAUACUUGUUUGCCAUGAUAUUGUGCGAGGUAUCAAACAAAAAGCUGCCAGCCCUACUGCAGUUUUGAAGGUGGAUCUUCACAAGGCCUACGACUCUCUAAGUAGGAAAUUUUUGUUUGAUGUGAUGGGAAGAAUGGGAUUCUUAGAUAAGUUCAUAGGGUGGGUGAAGGCCUGUGUAACCACUCCUAUGUUCUCUAUCCUUAUAAAUGGCAGCCCGACAGGUUUCUUCAAUGGAGGGAGAGGGAUUAGACAAGGGGAUCCACUGUCCCCCUAUCUGUUCACCCUUGCUAUGGAGGCCUUCUCUAGAAUUAUGCGAAGGCUUGAGAUUGAUGGUCAGAUUAAGCUGCUGCCCCGCUGUAAAUCAUUUCACCUUUCACACCUCAUUUUUGUAGAUGAUCUUAUGAUUUUUGUGAAGGGGAACCGCGAUUCUAUUUUAGCUAGUUUGGGGGGUCUGGAUGAGUUUAUUGCCCUCUCCGGGCUUCAACUUAACAGAUCUAAGUCCUCUAUUAUUUUAGGGGGCCUUACCCAAACUAGCAGUCUGGAACUUUUGGAUUUAAUGGGUUUUUCGAAAACCAAGCUGCCUAUUAGGUACCUUGGAGUUCCUCUUGGGUUUGGUAGGUUAUCCAUGAAAGAUUGCAGCCCCAUCUUGGACUUGUUUUGUCGAAAGUUGGAAGGGUGGAAGGCUAGAUUCCUCUCUUAUGCUGGUCAUCUUCAACUCUUAGCUUCAGUUCUUCAAGGAAGUUACAUUUACUGGGCAGGGAUUUUUGGCCUUCCUGGUCAUGUUAUCACCAAGCUGGAGUCUAUAUUUGGUAGCAGGAUAUGCUACGACGCAGGCUCCUACUCUCUUGCUGCCCGACAUGCGUGUGUCAAGGAGAUUGUGCGUGAUGGAGAUUGGAACCCUGGCCCCUCUACAUCUUUUGACCUCAUUGAUAUUUGGAGGGCCCUUCCAACCAUUGAAAAAUUUCACGAUGAGGUUCCGGAUUUGACGGUUUGGACUGGCAACUCUUUGGGUAAUUUCACUUCCAAAUCAGCCUGGAAUGCUAUCCGCACAAGAACUACCAGUACAGAUUGGAGUGAAGCUUUUUGGUUUGAAAGGGGUAUUAAUUCCCAUUGCUUUAUAGCUUGGAGAUGCCUUUCGGAUGCCCUCCCUACAAGGGACAACCUCAUUCAUAGACAUAUUCUGGCUCCUCAUCAUUGUGAGUUUUGCUGGGCUGGAACUGAAAGCAGGAAUCAUCUUUUCUUUGGGUGCCCAUUCUCUACUGACAUUUGGAAAAUUAUUUAUAAGCUUUGCUUUCAUGAUGGAACCAUGCCAAGCAAUGUCAUUGAUGCAGCCAUCUCGGUUAGAUAUGCCGCAGGUAGAGCAGGGAAGUUGGGGCUGGUCACCAAGCUUGCGUUCUGUGCCACAAUCAAGCAUAUCUGGUCGGAGAGAAAUUUCAGAAUUUUCAGGAACAAAAUUAGACCUAAGGACCAGAUCAUAGGGGCUAUAAAGGGGGAUGUUAUUGGCAGAUUAUCUUCCAUUUCUUUGGAGGGUGACCCUACUACUGCCAACCUUCAUAUUGCUGCCAAAUGGGGUCUUCAAGUUCAUUGGGCUGCUCGAAUUCCAAAGGCCUGCUCUUGGUUUGCCCCUAAUCCGAAUAUGGUUGCUCUCCAUUGUGAUGGGUCUCUUGCAAAUGACAAAGCAAGCUUUGGGGGCCUCAUUCGUGAUGGAUGUGGGGACCCCAUAGCUGCCUAUGCUGGUCUAGGGGAAGAUCUUUCGGUGCUGUCCAUGGAGCUUAAGGCUAUUUACAAAGGAAUUUCCCUUUGUAUCGAGAAGGGCUUGUAUGAUGUUUCUGUUAGGUCGGAUUCGAAGCUGGCCGUCGACAUUUUGAAUGGGUAG